AUGUACAAAGUCAGGGCCGUCUUCGACUAUGUGUCUAACCACGAAGACGACUUGGGCUUCAAGGUCGGCCAGAUCAUCUCCGUCACCGAGGAGGAGGGCGACGACUGGUACGUGGGCGAAUACACCGACGACAGCGGCACCAAGCACGAUGGCCUCUUCCCCAGGAACUUCGUCGAGCGCUACGAGCCAGAGCCGCCACCACGACCCAACCGAGCUUCGCGGCACAAGCCCUUAGAGCAGCCGCCUGCGCAGGAAGCCCCUCCCACGCCCCAAAUACCGCAGCAGGAGCCAGAGCCAGUGCUGCCUCAAGAACCAGAGCCGCCAAAGCCCCAGGCCCCUCCCAUUGAGGUGCCCAGCGCCGCCAAAACAACACCGCUGCCCAUGUCACCCAUGUCGCCUCGCUCUGCGUCGAGCGCAAAGGCUCCGGAAGCCCUGCCGCCGCAGUCGGAGUCAUCCAAGCCCGCUCCUCCCGCGAAGAAGGCUCCUCCGCCUGUCGCUCCCAAGAACAAUGCCUUCCGGGACCGCAUUGCUGCUUUCAACAAGCCCACUGACCCUCCGCCCAAACCCUUCAAGCCCUCUGGCGGCGCUCCUAGUUUCAUCAAGAAGCCCUUCGUGGCUCCCCCGCCGAGCCGCAAUGCCUACGUUCCUCCCACUCGAGAGGCUCCCCCCGUCAAGACCUACCGUCGCGAAGAGGACCCUGAGAUUGCAGAGCGUCAGGCGCAGACCCAGAACGAUGCGGAGCGCGCGGGAUUGGUCGCGCAUGACAAGGCAAAUGCGAACGAGGGCGAAGAAGAGCCACAGCCCAAGAUCAGCCUGAAGGAACGCAUCGCUCUGCUGCAGAAACAGCAGCAGGAGCAGGCAGAAAGGGCCGCGGCUAUGCACAAGGAAAAACCAAAGAGACCGCCUGUGGCCAAGAGGACUGAGUCUCAAGACGCUCCCGCUGAAGACAGCGAGGACACUGGCCUCGAGCGCGUGACAAGUGGAGCUUCCAAAGGUCGUGCAUCCAUGGACCAAAAUCGCCCUCCGCGAACAUCGCACGAUAUCCGCUCUCCAGACGCGCUCAACCGUGACCGCGAUCUCCUCAGCGAGAACGACGCUGACCAAUCAGCAGCUGGAGAUACUGAAGAUGCUGGAGGAGAAUCCACAAGUGUCGAAGAGGACCAGGACCGACCAAAGAGCAGGCAGCCGCCACCGCCACCUCCCAGAGCACCUACUGCCCCAACGGAAGAGCCCAACGUUGGUAAUGAGCAAGACGUGCCCGAAGAAGAGGAGGAGGAGGAAGAAGAAGACGAGGAGACUGCCGAGCUGAGACGGAAGGAGGAGUUACGCGAGCGCAUGAGGAGACUGGGCGGUGGCAUUCCCGGCAUGCCCGGUAUGCCUGGUAUGUUCGGAGGUGGUAUGCCCAUGGGCGGUGGUCUUCCACCGAAGAAGAAGAAAUCGACCACCGAGAAAAGGCCCGAAGAAACUGAGGAGUACAGCAUGCCUCAGCAACGAGUUCCUAUGUUUGGUAUGCCUGGUAUGAUGCCCGUCCGAAGCCCAGAACCUGAAGAUCGCACGCUUUCUGUCGAGAAGGAGGAUGAAACUUCGCACCCCGUCACAGGCACUCACUCAGCGAACGAAGUGCCAGACGUAGAGGAGGUUGCAUCUCAGCCGGCCCGGCCAACUACUGGCGAUGGUCCUCCACCUGUUCCAACAGACCGCCGCCUGCAGUCGCCAUCUUCCGAGACCUUAUCGAAGACAUAUGUCACUUAUGACGGUCUGUCGGAAUAUGUCAUGACUGACGUCCUGCUCCCCCUCCUGUCCCAUCAGCCUUACCUAGCUCGACCGGUACCGCCACCUCCUCCGCAGGUUCUCUCUCCUGGGCCCGGAUCUGAGUCUGGUGAUGAGAUGACCGACACUGCCCCUACCCCGUCUGCCCCUUCCCAGCCAUCCAAUAGGCGGGCAUCGUAUUUCGCUUCUGGCGAGCCAGCUCAGGAUCUGGCAGAAAGACGCGUGCCUCCCAUUCCGUCAGCGGGUCCUACAUCGCCUACAAUGAGCCGUCCGCCUCCGCCACCUCCACCAACGCAGGCACCUCCAUCGCGCCAUGAAGAUCUUCCGAUUCGCAAACUGGACCGUAACGAGGGCGAGACUGACUACGAAGGUGACUAUGACACCGACAUGGCGCCCGAGGCAACUCACAAGGACGCCUUGAAGUCACAUGCUCGCGAUUCCAGCGUAGAAGACAAUACCUUGACGGACGAGCCAACUUCAGCACGCUCGCCCACUAUUCCUCAGGGAAUGCCGCCUCUGCCUCCUACUGCACCUCGUGCAGUUCCGCCUCCACCACCUCAACAGGGGCCCAGUCGGCCAUCAACAGAUGCCCCCCGUGGUGCACCGCCUCUCCCACCGGUACCACCACCGACUCGCAGCGCCCCUAUGGACGAUGACGAUGAAGAAUAUGACCCUUUCAAGUACACUGGCCCACCCCUUCCGCAAGCCGCGGCGCCUCCAGCUCCUCGAGCAGUGCCACCGCCCCCACAAAGCCAGCCUCCUCCCCCGCAGAAUCGCCCACCACCACCCAUGCCACCAUCGAUGCCUCCUGUACCACAUCGUCAAGCGGGUGAAUCAGAUGAAGAGGAUGAUUUGUACUCUUCCCCGCCGGCUCGGAAGUCUCACGAUAGGCCACCGCCUCCACCACCUCAGGCUCCUCCACACCAGCAUGCACCUCCGCCUCUUCCACCUCUACAAGCUCCGCCUCCUCCAGCUCAAGAAAGAAUGGUCCCGCCGCCACCGCAGGAACGCCCAGUUUCUAUGUUCUCGCCAGUCGCAACGGAGGCACCGCCUCGGAUGCUGAACACUCGGAAGUCGCUUGAUGCAGCCCAAAUGCUGACGACUCGAUCUUCCAUGGAUCAGCCUCGCCCGGCAACGAAUCAAGGUUUCAUUGCAAACGAUAUCGAUUUGGGGAUGUCGUCGCAUUGGUGGACCCAGCCCAAGCUACUUCCCCCAUCACUCCAAGCUCGCAAAGACGUCCUGGUAGACAUGAAGGAGUCGCAAUCAGGCAACACUGUGGAGAAACUCAUCAAAGUUCUUUACCUUGACUACUCACAAACGAUCAUUUCCGCCCGCUUCGAGUCCACCGACGUCUCCGACGUGGAUCUUGAACAGCGCAAUGAGCCGCCGCCUCCAAGCCAGCGUCCUGAUCAGCUGGAGAACGCGUACGAGCAGUUUGGUCGCACGAUAGCCAAGACUAUUGAGUCGAAGCAGAACACUGUCGUAGGCAAUGGCACGCCACAGGGACUGAUUGAGGAGCUGUUUAAGCCCUUCAAUGACGCACUGCCCCCAAUUUCAACUCGCUCCUACGGCGCGCUUGUGUACGCCAACCUAGCGAACGCGUCAACCCAAGUAUAUGAUGAGAUUCGCCCUGGUGACAUCAUCAGCUUCCGCAAUGCAAAGUUCCAGGGUAAGACUGGGCCAAUGCAUGCUAAGUACGCGAUGGAUGUUGGGAAGCCGGAUCACGUCGGUGUUGUUGUCGAGUGGGAUGGGAGUAAGAAGAAGGUAAGGGCUUGGGAGCAGGGACGUGAGCACAAGAAGGUCAAGCCAGAGAGCUUUAAGAUGGGAGAUUUGAGAUCAGGUGAAGUGAGAGUGUGGCGUGUAAUGAGUAAGAGUUGGGUGGGUUGGAACUGA